AUGCUCCGUUAUUCUUUACGAGGAGUUCCAUUGAUACGAAGAAAAGCUUUGCGUUCAUUGUCAACCCCAUCUGAACCCAGUGAUGACGACGCAAAACCUUGGCUUAAUCCAUGGAAGCGUGCGCUACCAGAGAGGACUUCCACAUUCACUUCGGUUGAAGAGGUCAAGAUUGACUGGUCCUAUAUUGAACGACUGAUGCCUCACGAAGUAGUUCCACCAUUGCCCGUUCACGAUUCCUAUCCAACUCCUAGUGGAUGGCAACCACCGCAAGAUCCCCCACCAAAUUUGCCAUAUUAUGUUCGAAGGAGGCGAGAUCACACAUUACCGCUUUACCUCAGCCGGAAGAAGGAUCUCCUCAAUGAAGUAACAUUAGAUAUCGAUCAUGUGGAACUCGUUAUUAUGAAAAGAAGUUGA